AUGUUCGAACUUCCAAAGGAAACGGGAGUUGAAGAUUAUCUGUUUGGAGAUUCUGCAGAAACGGCUCGAUGGGCUGAGGGAUUGGGUCUCCAGCCUCUGGGGAACGAAGAGGAAAUGGAUGAAGAUAAUAACGAUUCUGACUUCAAGAACAUCAAUCCUUCACAGGGUGGCUACGAUACCACACGAUAUCCCAAUAACUCCGAACUUGAACAUGAAUCCGCCACCGCAGAUCCCGAGCUCGCAGCAACCGGCAUCAUCCUCCCGGCCACAUUUCCAAAUCCCUCCCAUCCCUCUUCCGAAGAAGAAAUCGAAGCCAUCCCCCGACCAGUACCCUACCUCUCUCUCCGCAACCCCGGCCCCUUCAACAUCUUUCAGUCCCUCCUCCUCACACCCGAAAUAAUACUCGAAUUCAUCCUUCACCUCUCCCCCAAGAACCUCCUCACACUCUACUCCAUCUGCCGACCCUUCCACACCAUCCUCUCGCACUGGAUGGCGCACGCCAUCAAAUCCAUCGUCAAAUAUCAAGCCCCCUACUCCUACACCAUCUACCCCUUCUACCUCUACCGCGAGCUCAGCAUCCCCGACCCCCUCGGCACGCCCCACUCCUCCGGUCAAAUACGCCGCGUCCCCAGCCUCAAAUACCACCAAAUGGUGCUCCACCGCUGCCGCGUCAUCCGCGACAUCCUCGCCUCCCUCGCACGCCACCGUCUGCGCUGUCCCCCCGGUACAAACCACUCCCUCAAAAAAGUCUGGUUCCUCAUGGACCUCUCCACAACCCUCGACCGUGUCCGCCUAAUCCACAACCGCACCUUCUUCACAGACCACGAUCUCUACAACAUCCAACACUUCAUCGUGAAACUUGACAUGCGCCUCAACUGUCCCACCGACGGACCCGGCUCCGAUUUCCUCCGCAAACUGAUGCUCGGCCAGCGGGGUCUCACCCCGCUCUUCCGAUUACUGACUCGAACCGGUUUUACAGAUCUCUACGAACUGUACCAAUACAGCGUACGCUAUUCCUACACUCCCCUCACCCCCGCCCCCGAUCUGCACCUCGGACUUUUCGACGUCCCCGCGAAUGAGAUCGGGAUCGCGCAUCUCGAGGGCUGGGGAAAAGGAUCCAAACAUCUCAUGCGCAUCGAUGAGCUCGUGAUGCGGGAAGCGACGCGCAGAGAAUUGGGAUUCAAAGAACACAUCAUGAUGAUGCUACUCUGGGGCUAUGUGGAUCCGCUAACGGGGGAGAAUCUGCAGCCGAGCAGAGAGGAAAUGUAUAUGAGUGAUGGGGAGGACCAGGAAGCGGAGAGUGAGGGGGAUCCGUGGGAGGGGACGGGGAUGAAUAUGCAGAGGUUGGAACAGGUUGUUUUGGGGAGGGCGGAGGAGAGUGAUGCGGAUGGGGAUGAGGAGCAGGAGGGAGAAGAGGAAUGGGAAGAUGAAAAUGAAUUUGAGGAUGAUCCUUGGUUGUGA